UGGAUCACCGACAGAGACGACUCUACCUGUAAUCAAGACAUCCAUCUACAGUCUGUUGCCGUAGCGUGGAAUAUUUCCUACCCAUUCUCAUGGUUGAGACUUACUGUCAAGGAUAAUGGUAUACAAGCACUUUUUAUUUUUUUUUUAUUUUUUUUUUUUUUUAAACGUCAAUUCUAACUCUAAGUUUUAUUCACACAGAAAAAAAAAAAAUCAUUAUAAAUCUAGAUGUAUUUGACGUUACUUCUAAACCCGUGAAAAACUACACAGCUCUAUUUCAUAUAAAUCGUAUCCGGAAAUUUAAUCGACAAAAAUUUCGUCGACGGUAAAUUGAUCGACGGUAAUUUGAUCGAACGGAAUUAUGGUCGAAUCUUUUUUUCAGUUGUUUAAGUUAAAAUUUUGCUUCAAAUGUCAUCUUAAACUCAUUAUUUUGUUUUACUAUAUUUUGUUUUACUUUUGUUCAAAAAGAAAUUUGACGAAAAUGUUAACGUGUGAAUUAAAAAAAAAAAAAUUCACCAAAUUUCCGUUCGAUCAAAUUUCCGUCGAUCAAUUUACCGUCGACGAAAUUUCUUUCGGUCAAAUUUCCGGUAACCCAAAUAAAUGGUUUAAAAAUAUGUUGGCCACAAGAAAGUUUUUUUUUUUUUAAUUGUUUAUUUUUUUAAUUUCUUAUUUGUAGAAAACUGAAAGUAACAAUAAUUUAUGUUACAUUUUUUUUUCUUCUGUUAGCAUACCUUGGAAACCUUAAAGUCUCUUUCAGAGCGAGUGGAAACUAUGAGACUGACUGCAGCAAUCAAAGAAUCUAUGUUAUAGACGCCAAAAAUUUGGACAUCAGUUGUCAGAUGAAAGUAGAUGUAAUGCAAGUCAUUAUUUCAGGACAGAGAGUUACUUCGCUUUGUUCACUUUAUAUUAGUGGUGGUGAGUACGUUCGUAACUGA